AUGGACACGGAUACCAAUGAAUCGCACUUCUAUGGAACUGAGGAAGAAAGGCAGUUGCUCCAAGCUCGGGUUGACCGGUUCGAUGUGUCCGCUUGGGCAAAGCAACACAAAACCUGGGGAUUUGGUUCUCCACGAAGACAACCUUCACGCUGUGCUGAGUCCGCCAAGCUGCACAACCCCUACGCUGGCGUGGGCUACGCAUGGCAGCUCACCGAGACGUUAGACCAGUUUUUGACUAGACUGCCGCCAGCAACAACCGAUCAGAGUGACGAGACACCUUGGAUCUUUGUUUGCAACCCCUACGUUUCACGCGAGGGGAAACAUGAAGAGUCCGGCGCAUUCAUCAAAGGCAACGAGGAUGAAGCCCCAGCAGAGAAGGACAGCCAAUUGCGCUUUGUGGUGCAAGGUGCAAUGGAGAGAUUGGACCUUCUAGCAGAUCUGAAACGAAAGGUGGAAUCGUCAGGAAAGUCGACUGCAUUUGUAAACAGGGAACUGUUGCAAGAAAAGAAGCAGGCCGUGUCUGAUGUCCUUGCCUUGGCUCACGCAGGCAAAGUGCGAAGUGGAAAGUGGAUGCUGUUUUGCCCACCAUCCGAAGUCAAUGAAGUUUGGAGAGUCGUAGCCAAGGCCACGGCACAGAAUGAGCUCGGGAUUGCUGCCAAGGUGGCUCCGAGGCCGCAAUUUGACGACAAUCGGAAAGAUAGGCUCAUUUGUGUAUACACGACCGAUUUUCAAGACAAGUCCGAUGUUGGUCGCGUGCUGCAACAAUUGAAAACGCUCAAACUUGCCGAGAGUAACCAGAGAAGCAUUUACUAUAAACCAGAUAUUUUUACCUACAUCGGCCUCGCUCACGGGAAUCCAUGGGGUCUAGCUGCCUCGAUUUACAACUCGCAGGUUUUUACGCGACAAAAUUCCAAUGGCAAUUGA